GGGGCGGGGCGGCUUCCAGGAUGGCGGCGUCCGCGGCGCUGCUGCUGCGGGAGGGCCCCAGCAUGAAAAAAGCCGUGACUCUGAUCAAUGCGAUAGACGGAGGACGAUUUCCGCGGCUGCUUACCCGAAUCCUGCAGAAACUCCACCUGAAGGCCGAGAGCAGUUUCAGCGAAGAAGAGGAAGAAAAACUUCAAGCUGCUUUUUCUCUAGAGAAACAGGAUCUUCACCUAGUUCUUGAGACAAUAGCGUUUAUUUUAGAACAGGCCGUGUAUCACAACGUGAAGCCGGCGGCUCUGCAGCAACAGUUACAGAACAUCCAUCUGAGCCAAGACAAAGCAGAGGCGUUUGUCAGCGCCUGGGCUUCCACGGGUCAAGAGACAGUCGAGAAGUUCAGGCAGAGGAUCCUGGCUCCCCACAAGCUGGAGACAGUCGGAUGGCAGCUUAACCUCCAGAUGGCUCACUCCGCUCAGGCCAAACUCAAGUCUCCCCAGGCUGUGCUACAGCUGGGAGUGAGCACUGAGGAUUCCCAGAGCCUAGAGAAAGUGCUUGUGGAGUUCAGUCACGAAGAGCUGUUUGAUUUCUACAACAAGCUGGAGACCAUACAAGCACAGCUGGAUUCCCUCAUGUGAAGUUUCUGAAGCCUGCUUUCUCCACCACAUGUCUGCCCCUCGUUGUUUUGCACUGAAACUGGAUUGCCGGGUUCUGUUUUCUGCAGGAUCCAGCCGCCGGCCUUUUGCACGUUUUAUAGCUUAUCGCCGCUGAGACAGACAACCGUCCAGGGAGCACGUGGUGAAGAACACUGGGGCUCUCACAUGUGUUCGGAGCCAGCGACCGUGUUAAGAACACCUUGGCUUUAAAGGAGGCAAACGUGCAUAUCAUGUUGUUUUUUGCUUUGCUCUUGUUGCUUUAUUGCUGGCCUGUUUAUUUUUUACGAACUUGAUGACACCUUGAUGUGUCAUGGAGAUCGGGGAUACAGCGCGCACCCCAGCAGACAGAGCUGCAGUGUCAUGUUAAUGUGGUUCAGAAAACAGACGCCCGAGUCAGUAUAGCACGCCGUCUUCCCUUGCCUAUGAUGAGUGUAUUCUGCUUGAGAAAUGACAAAGGAAGAAAUUUACAAUAGAACUGCUGGUAUUGCAUCAGUCAUUUCCAGUGUGACUGUCUCCAUUGUUUUAAUUUUUUCCCUGAGUUUAAUGAUUUAAUUGUAGCUCCGGUUUUGUGUGCUUUUCUCUGUGUUGCAAAUUUGUAAUGAUUCACUUCUUACUGUAGGAAACAAGACUCAGAUCCUGAAUAAAAAUAAUUGUAAUGGAUGCUAAAUGGACAUCAGCUUGGUUUCCUUUUAUAUUCUUUUUCUAGAAAUAUGCUAAAUGAUUUCAGUAAAUAAAAUUUUUAUGUCAUAGAAUUAGUUGGACUGAAGCCUACAAUAUUUUUAUUUUAUGUGUUUUAUAGCAUGUGUUAUACUCUGCAUGUGUGAAUGUGUGAGGAUAUUUUGAACAAUUUGUGGGAAGUGGAAUUAAAAGAUGCUGCAUAUCUUCCAUUAACAUUUUGAGAUACUUUCAUAUGUAAAUAUGAGCGUGAUUACAGAAAAAAAAAACAGCUGAACUUUUUAUGAGUGA